AUGUCGAUUCGUUUGAGCUCAACCCUCUUUGCUGCUUCAAUCAAUUUCAAAAACUCGAAGAGUUUUUACACUGAUCGAUCUCGGAACUGCAGAUUCUCAGUUAGAAGUUGCGUGUCUGAUUCUCAAAAUGCCCACAAGUUAGUUUUGGAAGUGAAAGAACGUCUUGCAAAAGAUUGUACUAGUCUCCCUAUUGGCAAAAACGGAAGAGAUGAUGAGGAGAUGAUCCUUUGGUUUUUGAAAGAUAGAAGAUUCUCUGUUGAUGAAGCCAUUGGAAAGCUUACUAAAGCUAUUAAAUGGCGUCAUGAGUUCAAAGUAAAUGAACUAUCUGAAGAUUCUGUCAAAACCGCUGCUGAGACAGGAAAAGCCUAUGUCCAUGGUUUUCUAGAUAUGAAAGGCCGACCAGUAGUUAUUGUAGCUCCUGCAAAACACAUCCCAGGGCUGCUUGAUCCAAUAGAAGAUGAAAAGCUAUGUGUGUUCUUACUUGAAAAGGCUUUAAGUAAACUACCAGCAGGACAACACAAGAUACUUGGGAUAUUUGAUCUCCGUGGAUUCAGUUCUCAGAACGCAGAUCUUAAGUUCUUGACGUUUCUGUUUGAUGUGUUUUACUAUUACUAUCCAAGCCGUUUGGAUGAAGUUCUCUUUGUAGAUGCUCCAUUCAUUUUCCAGCCUAUUUGGCAAAUCACCAAACCGGUGGUGAAGUCAUAUGCCUCUCUGGUCAAGUUUUGUUCGGUAGAGACUGUGAGAAAGGAGUACUUCACUGAGGAAACAAUACCAUCAAACUUCACAAGCUAA